UUGGUGACUGGCAGAACGUACAAGCCUAGGGCGAUUCAUGCCAAAUACUCCUCCAUAGACCUGCCAGCCGCCAUCUACAAGCCCUGCGGGGAGACGCUCCUGCUGGGCAAUGGCCCACGUCCUGGAGCGUAUCAAUGAGCUCAGAGCUCUUCCCAGCGACCUCCACCUCUUCUGCCCCCGUGUGGGAGAUGACCCCUCAGCGUAUCUCGACGAAGACCUCGCCGGUCAACCACCGGAGACGGAUCCGGCCAUCAUAGCAGAGCGGAAGGACAAGAUACAGCAGGCGCAGGAGCGGAAAUGGCUCGCCUUCGACGCUCUCCAAAUCCUGGCAUUUGACGGGGAAGAGGCUGAGACUUUCAAAGCUUGGAUAACGGAGCGGGUGCAGGGACUCAUGACAUCGUGUGACGUCUGCGUGCGUGUCUUUCAUCAGUCAAGGGCAGAAUGGCGGUCUAGGCUGGAGGAGCAAUAUGACGACGGGAAUAUUGCCGAUUUCCUCCGCGUCGUGGAUGGCAUCUGCCUCAAGCGGAUAACGAGCGGUCUGGAUGAGGCUACGGCCGUCCUGGAGGCUACGGACCCGAAAAAGAGGAGUGUGCGCAUUCUUUCGAACGAAUCUACCUACGCCUUCUUCGAGGCUCUAAGCUGUGACGCCCUCAUCCGUAAUGAAGAACUGUUGCAGAAGCAUUUCGAUGGUCCCUUUCAGAUGGUUCAGACAAAGAAGCGACUUAAGCUACCCACGGUCUUACCUGCCAUGACCCGUUUUCUCUUUUCAAACAACCAAUACCGUCGGGACUGGGCUAUUAAUGCGUGGUCAAGCAUGAAAAGGAACGUCCUGCCAUCGGAGUUCGACUGGGCGGUACGUGACCACCUUUUGGAUGCCAUGAUGAGGGUGCAGAUGACGAAUCUCGACCUCCCUUUCACCACGCACUUUUGGUUCGGGAUGAGAUUGAUCCUCGCCAAGGUGGAUAAGGAGAUCGUGACGAAUUCAAUCAGGGGGCUAGAGAUUGACUUCUUCAAACUCAUCUUAGAUCAUCUUUCUCUGAGAUCCGAAGGAUUUCUUGACCUACUGGCGACAAUCACUCGGCUGUUGGAAUUAUCCCCAACCGAUUUCUGGGAUGCUAUGGAUGCCAUUACUCCUUCUACAGCCGCUGUUGUAGAACAGAUCCUCAACGGACCCAUGCUUAAACAGGUACUUUUCGCCGCUGGAGAGGGUGAUCAAAAACACAUUGAUGACCUUGAUCACGCUUUCAUCUGGAUCACCCCUUUCCUCCUGUCUAUCGCCAAAGCCACAAACUUGACUCCGGCAUGUAAGGCUUCCUCUAACUUUCUCUUAAGCCGAUAUCAGACCGUAUCCUUUCCCCCGGUUUCCAGAGCACGGUGCCUGAAAGAAGGCCUCCGUAUACUGAAUUACUCCUUCGAGAAGAUGAAUGAGGGGAAAUUGCUGUCCAACUUUGUUGGGCAGCCCACUGUCAACGGAAUGCUCGAACUCCUCUCCGCUCACAUUCAGCCCAUUGUCAACAGUUUGAAGGGGCUUGGUAGCGAGCAGAACCAGGGUACGCCGCGUCUGGCCAUGUCCAUGAUUCAUCAGGCCUUUACAUUGGAGUCGCAGUCGCUGGCCGUGGAGCGCCAAUUGAUAACUGCGCAGAAGCCCUCGCCUACGGAGACGCCCCCUUCUAGGCCAAUAUGGGAGGCUGUCCUCACUGCAAUUGAUUCCACGCGGAUUGAGCUCGCUACAUCGCUCCUUAUCGCCGGUAGGAAUUUGAUCGGGUUGGAGCCUCUUUUGAUGAAGCCCUCUGUCCAAAAAAUACCUCCUACGGUACGGCAUUUCAAUGACAGGUUCAAACUAUUAUCCCAAUCCAUAACAGAGAUAAUCGAUCGACUGGCCGAGUUUGACCCUGCCAAGCUGGCUGCUUUGUUUGAGCAGCCUGCAGCCGCAAGCGCCAUCAUAUCCACACUCUUCUCGUCUACUGAGGAAACUCGUAACUCUUCCGUCGAGUUGCUCAAGGUCAUUAGCACUCAAGAUGAGCGUCGGGAUGCUAUCCAGCAUAUCCUUAGGGCUUACUACAAGAAUUCCCUGUACGGUAUUUCAGAGUCAUGUCGUCAAAUCAGACGUAAAAAGGCGUUCUCACCGGCUCCUAGCAUGGUAAAAGCAUGCUCGGAUAUUAUCGACGUUAUGUGUAACUCGCAGGAUGGAAUACUACGCUCUCGGACCCUUCACUCGGACGAAGCCUCAGUUACAAUCAGCUUAUGGAAAAGUUUGUGGGAUACACUUACCAUGAUUUUUAGAACGACGGAAGAUUGGAGCAACCUGGGUUUCUACGACAAGACGGUCAUGAUGCACUUCUGCCGCGAUACCAUGCAGUUUGCCGAUCAGCUCUUUGACCAGUGCAGUAUUUUGGCCACCGCGCUGAAGGAUGGUUUGGCCGGAGAUAGAGAGGUGCCGGGCAUACUAAAGGAGCUGCUGGAUUGUCCCGCAAAAACUAUGGACGGCAUGGCUGGCUGGCUCCGAUUGAGAGACGAGUAUCUGUCUAGCAAAUCAGUCACACUGAUCAGCAAACUCCUGGUGCGAUUACAGAAAGUCGCUAUCGAAGUCAAUCCGGAUACGCUUUCCUACGUGGAACGAGUACUUUCAGGAGACGUCAAGGCCAAGCUCAGCAAGCAGCAGGAAGCCGAGCUACAGCGUGCACUGGAAAUCCAUCUGGGCCGUCCGCUCGCCAAGGUUGAAGAGCCUGUCAAGCAGACAAAGCAGGGCUCAGUGAAACAGUGGAUAUCAAGCGCCGGUGGUGCUGUGGCCGACGCCAAGACAGAGCAAAAGGAGGUGAGUGCACGACUUCUGGCCGAAGCUUCGAGGACUGCAGACGCCUUCCGCGAGAGAAGAGAGGCGAUACGUGCACAGGCGAAGGCCGCAGAAGAAAAGACCAAGUCUGCCGCGCAGGCGGAAUUCUUGAGGAAACGGAAGCAGGCAAUAGAAAAGCAGAAGGCUGAGAAGGCAGCGACUUUAGCGAAGAUCAAGAAGGCGAAGGGACUUUCCGAACAUACUGCGGAAGCGGGUUCAGGAUUGGAGGGACUCGGUGUGCUGGGUAAAGAGCAAGCUCCCAAAGGAGAGGGACUUAUGCAUUCGUCAGAAGAGUCUGGCGAGGAUGAGGACGAUUGGGACGAGGAGCUCUUCGGUAUCAAGAACGAUAAUAAGUCUGCCAGUGGCCCUAAGACGAACAUCGUGAACGAGCUGAAGGUCCAGAUGCCAGUCAAGAAGAAGCGGGUGCAAAGAUCGUUCAAGGAUAUGCGUGCUCGUUUGGCGCCCGAUCUUACUCCGCUGCACAAGGUUAUCCUCAGCUGGGACUAUUUCCAUGAAGGCGACUACCCACCUAAUUCGAACCCUGCAAUUUACUCCGCGGUCCCGAACACGUUCCGGACGCCCAAUGACUAUCAAAACACCUUUGAGCCUCUGCUUACCUUGGAAGCGUGGUCAGGCUUCGUCAAGUCCAGAGAGGAGAACAGCAUCAAGCCUUAUGAGAUCCGCCUCGUGUCGCGCGCCCGGGUAGACGACUUCUACGAAAUCAGCAGUACCAUGACGCAUGUCGAGAACAAGGACCUAGGUAUCUCGGAGGGAGACAUCGUGCUCCUUUCGCAAUCCAAGAUGCCCUCUGCCGAAGAUCGCUACUGUCUGGCUCGUGUCUUCCGCGUGCAGCGGAAACAGGCCCAUCUGGAAGUGUCGUAUCGCGUUACUCUGAAUACGCCGAUGUUGUCUACUUUGAGCCCAAAUGGGACUGUUUAUGGCUCGAAGAUUCAAUCGAUUACGCCUCUAGAGCGCGAGUAUGCUUCCCUUUCUGGCCUGCAGUUCUAUGAUCUCUGCGAUGAGAUUAUUCGCGCGAAGCCGUCCCCGCUUCUGACGUAUCAGGACCAUCAGCUGAAUCCGCUGAUUGAGAAUUAUAAUGUGAACAAGGCGCAGGCGAAGGCGAUCAAGUCCGCUAUUGAUAAUGAUGCGUUUACGCUGAUCCAGGGCCCCCCCGGCUCAGGAAAGACCAAAACCAUCGUCGCCAUUGUUGGAGCGAUCUUGUCGGACAGCCUUCGCCAGCUCGGCCGUCCAGGAGGCGGUAAGAAGCUUCUGGUCUGCGCUCCUAGCAACGCCGCCGUCGACGAGUUGGUCAUGCGUUUCAAGCAGGGUAUCAAGACUCUGAGGGGCGAGGAGCGGAAAGUCAACAUUGUACGCAUCGGUCGCAGCGAUGCCAUCAAUGCGAAUGUGCAAGAUGUCACGCUGGAAGAGCUCGUGAAUAAGAGACUUGGUGUUACCGGCAACAAUAGCAAUGAUGCGGACGCAAAGCGUAAGCUAUUUGAUGAACACAAGAAAAUAUCGGAGCAGGUCCGGCAGAUACAGGAGCAUCUCAAUGCGGGACUCGUCAAAGGACCGGAUGCUUCAAAACUUCAAGAAGAUUUGAAUCACCUACGGAAGCAGAAGGCCACUCUGGGCACGAGGAUUGAUAACGUGAAGGAUGAGGAGAAGCACGCAAAUCGAACUGCCGAGCUUAAUAGGAGGCGAGCACAGGAGCAUAUUUUAGGCGAAGCGCAUGUUAUUUGCGCGACGCUCAGUGGCAGCGGUCAUGAAAUGUUCCAGGGUCUCAGCAUCGAGUUCGAAACGGUAGUCGUGGAUGAGGCCGCUCAGUGUGUUGAAAUGAGCGCCCUCAUCCCACUCAAGUACGGCUGCGCGAAAUGCAUCCUCGUCGGAGAUCCGAAACAGCUCCCGCCGACCGUCUUCUCUAAACAAGCCUCGCGAUUCCAGUACGAGCAGAGCUUGUUCGUCCGCAUGCAGACUAACCAUCCCGGCGAUGUACAUCUCCUCGACACACAGUACCGUAUGCAUCCGGAUAUCAGUCUUUUCCCCAGCCAGACCUUCUACGACGGAAAGCUUCUGGACGGAGAGGACAUGGCCAGUCUCCGCAGGCGCCCGUGGCACGCAAGCAAACUCCUCGGCCCCUAUCGCUUCUACGAUGUCCAAGGCCAGCACCAAGCAGCCCCCAAAGGCCACUCACUCAUCAACAUCGCCGAAAUCAAUAUCGCCCUACAAUUGUACAAGCGUCUGACAUCCGACUACCGAGAAUUCGACUUCAAGAGCAAAAUCGGCAUCAUCACACCUUACAAGAGUCAACUUGCCGAACUCAAGAAGCGAUUCUCGCAGCAAUAUGGUCCCAUGAUUCUGGAAGAUGUGGAUUUCAACACCACGGACGCUUUUCAGGGGCGCGAGAGCGAGGUCAUCAUCUUCUCGUGCGUGCGCGCGAGCCCCGCCGGGGGUAUCGGCUUCUUGCAGGAUAUUCGGCGUAUGAAUGUCGGGUUGACACGCGCAAAGAGCUCUCUCUGGGUCCUUGGGAACUCGCAGUCGCUCAUGAGGGGGGAGUUCUGGAGGAAGUUGGUCGAGGAUGCGAGGGCCAGAGGACGGUACACGGAGGGGGAUGUGCUGGGGAUGUUGUCGAGACAUUCAAGUGCAUUUCCGGCGCCUAAAGAGGAGUAUGAGCCGGCGAAGCAGGAAGUUAAGCAUGAAAUGGUGCAGAGAGUCAAGAAGGAAGUCGAGGCGGGAAGUGCGGGUGGCAACGAGAAGAAGCGCUGGAUGCCGGUCAUCAAGAGCGAGACUGAGUUUACGAAUGAGUUGCUCGGUCUGCCUAACACGAAAGCCGCAGUCGCUGUCAAGCGAGAAGAUCACAAGAUGGAUGAUGUGUCCUCGGAUGUAAAGCCGAACGCAAACGGUAAACGCCCUCAUCCCGACUCCGACUCCGACAUCGAUAUGCUAGACGCGGGUCCUGGUUCCCGUUCCCCGACCACAGCGAGCGGCGUCUCCACGCCCGCAGCCGCAGGCGAAGCAACCCUUGGAACCGGAAGUGCGAGCACGACGCCCAUGCCAGAGGAGGGGAAGGGGAUGGAGAAGAGGGAGCCGGUGCCGGGGGAUGUGCUUGGGAAAAUGACGGCCGCGGGGCCGCCAAAGAUUAGGAGGAGGAAAAGGGAGCCGGCGAACCCGUUGAUGCAGAGACAACCGGUGAAGAAGCCGAAGAUGGGUUGAAUGGGGUUUGCGAGAAAGUAUCAUUGCAUCUGCUUAGCGAUGGAGGCGUUUUGUGGGCAUAUGUUAUUCUUCCACUGCUUCUUCUCGGGGAAUGGACGGGAUGUAUCUCUAUAUGUUGGCAUGGGGCAUUUUUGGGCGUUUUGGACUUCGGUAAGGGGUGAGUCCAUGCAUGCUGGCGACAUAGCGACUUAGCGUGGAA